CCAAAUUUAUGUAGUUUAAGCGAGUUUUGGGCCCGAGUAGUUAUAGUAUUUACCAAAUAUUUACCUUGAUAAUUUCCCAUAAAUGUUAUAUUGUGUUCAGUUCGUUAAUUUUUUUGUUGGGUUCAUGUGGCAAGCGCGAAAGUGAUGCGGUUUAUUUCUUAACUGUUUUUGGGUUACACAAACGCCGGCGGCAGCAAUAAAAUUUUUAUUAACAAUUCGGUGCCUUAUAAAGUGUUUGUGAAGUGCUUUCUAUUUAAAUAUGGCUAAUAAAAGUAAUUAUGGCCAACAUCAAGCAGAAGUCCAACAAUUAAAUCCCCAAAAUACAAUAGAGUUGAUAGCAAGGCAGCAACAGCGAUCCAAAUGGGGUAAGCUGCUCAUAUUGGUGGCUUUUGCAACAACAAUUGGCGGUGCGGUUCCAACUGGCUAUUGCAUAGGCGUUAUCAAUGCGCCCUCUAAGUUAAUGAAAAAUUGGUGCAAUCAAACGUUGCAUGACAAAUAUGGAAGCGAUUUGAGUGUAAGUUCCUUAGAUUUGUUAUGGUCAUCGAUAGUUUCAAUCUUUCUGGUUGGAGGCGCCAUCGGAUCGUUGGGUGGGGCUGGAGUAGCUAAUAAAUUUGGCAGAAAAGCCUGUUUUCUCAUUUGUGGUGUACUGUUUACCAUUGGAGCUGUACUCUUCUUCCUUUGCCGUGCGGCCAGUUCAGUUGAAAUGCUCGUAAUUGGGCGAUUCAUUGUUGGCCUCGCAUCUGGUUUGGUUACAGCUACAUUGCCCAUGUACCUAUCGGAAGUUGCACCUCUAUCUGCGCGCGGAACUUUGGGUGUGUUUUGUGCCGUAGGCGUCACAGGAGGUGUGGUGGUGGGUCAAAUUUGCAGUCUAGUCAAUGUUUUUGGCACUGAAGACCUUUGGCAUUAUGCGUUGACUGCUUACAUGCUGUUAAUUGUUGCCUGCUAUUUACCUUCAUUCGUCUUUCCGGAAAGUCCGAAGUUCCUCUACAUAGUCAAGGGGGAUCACGCAGCUGCCCGUCGUGAGCUUACCAGAUUGCGUGGCUUAAAUGAUGAUGACUUGAUUUCGCAGGAGAUAGCUGAAAUGGAGGCAGAGGCCAACGCGAAGGUGCAAUCUAGCAGUUUCUGUGAUGUGCUGCGGGACCCGAACUUUUUAUUGCCCAUAUUCAUUGUCUGCUGCUUCCAUGGCGGUCAACAAUUGUCCGGAAUUAAUGCGAUUUUCUAUUAUUCAGUAUCUAUUUUUGAGAAGGCCGGAUUAUCUACGGUAAAUGCUCAGUGGGCGAAUUUGGCAGCCGGAGGACUGAAUUUGAUGAUCUCAUUGCUCGGGCCAAUGCUAAUGGCCUAUUGUAAUCGACGCACUCUUAUGAUGUUUUCCUGUGGUUUAUGUUCUAUAUUCUUGUUUACCAUUACCUUUGUCCUCUACUAUAUAGACUUUGUCAGCUGGUUUGCCGCCGCUUGCAUAUUUUGUAUUAUGGGCUACAUAUUCUUUUAUCAAUUUGGCCUGGGUCCGAUUCCUUACUUUAUUGGUGCAGAACUCUUUGAAGUGGCUCCCCGUCCUGUAGCAAUGUCUAUGGGAAGUCUGGCAUCAUGGACUUGCAAUUUUGUAAUUGGUAUCUCAUUUCCCAGUCUUCAAAAUGCCUGGGGUGCAUUUGUCUUUCUACCGUUUUCCAUAACGUGCGUUCUGUUAUGUUUGUUGACGAAAUUCUAUUUGCCGGAAACGCGUGGACGCGAUCCGUCCGAAGUAGCACCACUUGUCUCGAAAGGCUUUCGCUCGAAAGUGAAAAUCCUCUUCUACACGGAAAAUGAUGCUCCGCCGGAACGUAGGAUCGGACCUCGAUUCGACGACGGCCGUACAAGCUUGGUCGACACCGACUUUGGUCACGGUCCCGUAACUGGCUGCGACGCCGGGCUAGGGAGCGUCGUCUGGUUUCUUAAUCCGUGGAAUCCAGAAUUUGGUUCGCAGAUACCGCACCAUUAUUUGAUUGCCGCCAUGCAGCGUGAUGCGAUGGGCGAAUUCGACGAGCAGGCGCGUAAAAUGGGUACUAUAGGGGAGGAGAACAGGAGACGUUUGUUGUACCGGAGGGAUUCAGCGGCUCGGAGUCGUCCACAUGAGCGGAGUAUCCCAUUUUGUCGCCUAAAUCUUUUGUUUGUGAUUCAUACGUAUUACUUUUUGGGGAUCUGUCCCAUUUUGCAGCCGGUGGUACGACCAAACAUGAAGGACGGAUGGACUCCGCUUUUGGUCGUCAUUUGUAUGACAAUCACUGUCGGUACAGCUAUCCCAGUGGGUUACUUUAUCGGUGUGGUCAACGCUCCUGCAGAGUUGAUCAAGAAUUGGUGCAAUGAUAUUUUGCUCAAUGAAUAUGACACCACGGUUAGUUCGACACAACUGAAUAUAAUAUGGACAUGCAUUGUUUCUAUAUAUCUAGUUGGGGGCAUUGGAGGUUCCUGUUUCAGUGCCUGGUGCAGUGACAGGUAUGGACGCAAAGGUUCUCUUAUUAUCAGUAGCCUGCUCCUUAUUAUCUCAGGAAUUCUCUUUACAUGGUGUCGGACUGCCAAAUCGCUGGAAAUGCUAAUGACCGGUCGCUUUAUAGGUGGCUUGGCCUCUGCCUUAAUCUUUACAGCUCAACCCAUGUAUCUGCUAGAAUCGGCUCCCUCCCAGUUAAGUGGUAGCGUUGGUGUGUUCACUUGCCUAGGUAUAACAGGAGGAAUACUGCUUGGCCAGGUGAUAACCUUACCACAAAUAAUGGGGAAUCUGAAUCUCUGGCACUAUGCAUUGAGCAGCUAUACCAUCCUGGUAUUGCUGUCUUUAGUGCCUAUGUGGUUUUGGUUUCCCGAAAGUCCACGUUGGCUUUACUUAAUCAAACGUGAUGCGGCUGGUGGUGCAAAGGCUUUGCGGCGUCUGCGUUCCGAAGAGAAUGAAGAUGUAAUACAGCAGGAGCUAUUGGAAAUGGAAUUGACGCUACGAGCAAAUACAGAGAGUGCCUCGUUAUGGAAAGUACUUACAGAUAGAAAACUGUUCCUGCCCUUGCUUUUGGUUUGUUCCUUCCAGGCCACUCAACAACUAAGCGGUAUUAACGCAAUCUUUUUUUACUCCUUGUCCAUAUUCACCGAUGCCGGAUUCUCUUACUCUACAGCCACUUGGCUCAAUUUAGGUCUAGGCGGCUUCAAUCUGUGCUCCUCUCUCCUGGGACCUCUGCUAGUUCACCGAAUUGCCCGUCGUCCAUUAUUGAUGUGCUCUUGUUCCAUUUGUGGGCUCUCUCUAAUAGGCAUGUCGUUUGGCCUGUACUUCUUGGAUAAAUCACCGAGUACUGUGUUGGCCUAUUCGUGCAUUGUCUUCGUUCUGUUAUUUAUAUUGGGGUUCCAGCUUGGACUGGGUCCCAUUGCAUACUUUAUUGGGUCAGAGUUGUUUGAGGAUACGCCCCGUCCAGUCGCCAUGUCGUUGGGUAGUCUAUUCUCGUGGGUUGCCAAUUUUCUAGUCGGGAUGUUUUUCCCUUUGCUGCAGAGUGUCUGGAGCUCUUUUGCUUUUAUGCCCUGCAUGUGCGUUUGCAUGUAUUGUCUUAUUUUAACCUGGAGAUAUUUGCCGGAAACACGAGGUCGAAAGCCAAAGGAUGUCCAACCACUGAUGAGUCAAGGAUUACGGUCGAGACCGUAGUCGAAUUAUCUUGGUAUAAAAAAAGCUAACGCUAAUCAUACUUUUUGUAAUAUGCAAUUAAAAUAAAAUUAAUGUAUGUACAUACA